AUGCUUCAAGAAAAAAGUAAGCAUAUCGCUGAGAUACACGGAUUUGAUUUUAAAAGCUCUAAUGGCUGGCUUGAAAAAUUUCGGAAAAGAAAUAAUAUUUCUUUUAAAUCAGUUUGCGGUGAAGCAGCAAUUGUUGAUGAAGAGGCCGUCGAUAACUGGAAAGCAAAAAUACCCGAAAUUAUAGCAAAUUACGCAGAAUGCGAUAUUUUCAAUGCAGAUGAAACGGGAUUGUUUUAUAGAGUUCUACCUGAUAAAACCAUGGCGUUCAAAAAUGAGAUAUGUACUGGAGGAAAAAUUUCAAAAGAACGUUUAACUGUACUCUUGUGUUCUAAUAUGUUAGGUGAGUUUGAACGGCCACUCGUCAUAGGCAAAUCUAAACGUCCACGAGCCUUCAAAAAAUUGGAUAUUAACAACUUUCCCGUCGAUUGGUAUUGGAACAAAAAAGCCUGGAUGACGACUGAAAUAAUGACUAAGUGGCUUAUGACAUUUGAUAAUAGAAUGGGUCAAAAUAAAAGAAAAGUUUUACUCUUUUUAGACAACGCGGCUUCUCAUCCACAUUUAAAAAUGAAAAAUAUUGAACUUAUGUUUUUUCCACCUAACAUGACAUCUCAUUGCCAACCACUUGACCAAGGAGUAAUCCAUCAAUUUAAGAAGUUAUAUCGUACGCAAUUGUUAUGUAAAGCUGUUGCCGAUUUGGAUGCCAAUUCAAGUCAACCUAUCAACGUGUUGGAUGCAAUUUACUGGGUAUCUUCAUCUACAAAAAACAUUCAACCCGAAACAGUGAAGAAAUGCUUUUUGCGGUCUGGCUUUAGGCACCGUGAUAACAACGUUACAGACGUUGAUGAUCUACUUACACCAAUAGAAGAACUUGGCAAUCUUAUUAAGGUAAUUGACAAUAAAAUUACGGAAAAUGACUACAUAACACUAGACGAUUGCGUAGAGACUUACGACACCGAUAUCGAAAAUCCAUCUGAUAGUAUGACCAUGUCCAUGUCUACACAAAACGAAGAAGAAAGUGAUGAAGAAAAUGAUGGGACCGAAGAUCAAGAAAUUCCACAAAUAAAUAGUCUACGAGAGGCAUAA